AAAAGCUCGUCCGUCGUUCGUUCUCGUUCUUAGUCCGGCGAGAAAGCGUCUGUACCGCAAGCCCAUCCGUUCUUUCGUCUCGUCGUUCUAAACAUAACUGUAGCAGCGCGUGAGUUUUUCUUCGUCUUCGUAGCUUCGAUUGAACCUCAUUAAUCGGUGUAGGAAGUACAAAUAUGUGUUACUUAGUAACUCGACAGAGCUACGAUUGAAGAUGGCGAGCUUCCUGAACACUUGCAAUGUCACCGGAUCUCCAUCAAUGUCGAAAACCGAAGACAAUUUGUCCAACAGCGAAGGUCCCCUUCUCAAAAGAAACCUCGGACAAAAUCACAUCACUGUAAGCUCUGAAAAUGUACGUCGUUCGGGAGGAAUCACUCCGAAAAAUCCGUCGCGAAUGUCCUGCCAGGAUGACACAACAUCGAUGUGCGAAUCCUCGAAAAAACGAUACUGUUUGUGGGCUCUGACUCUCCUUCUCGGAAUCGUCGGCCUCUGCAAUCUCCUUCUCAGUAUUACAAUUAUCUCUGUUUUGAGAGUAAGCCAUGGAAUGGAAGCAAUGGAAGUCAUACCGGAAGCGGACCUUGUUAAGUUCUACGGUAGAACAGAUUUGGACAAAGUCUUCGUUCAAGAAAGUAUUUGUCAAGGUUACGGGGACGAGCCUGUCGAGUUGAUCGGUGACGAUUCGAGUGUGUUAUUGUCCGUGAGGAAUCGCCGUCAUAAUAAUCCCAAAGGAAGAUUCAGCGUGCAACCGAACGGCACCACAUUUUCGAUGGUGGAGUCUUUCGAAGUGAAAGAUUCGCGUACAGGAGAUUCUCUCUUUUCGACAAAUUUUCCAAACUUCGGUUUACCCAGCGGAGUCGGAAAACUGGCUGUAAAUUUAGCGGAAACUCACCGAGUCGUAUCGCCGGUUAAUUCGAGUUUGACUUUCGAGUCUAAUCGACAGAUUACGAUUCACGGUGCGGAGAGCACGACGAUGGAAAGCAAAGCGAUUGUGUGGAUGGCGGACAACAACGUUUACAUAAAAAGUAAUCACGGCAUCGUGCUCAAUGGGAAAAAAGGCAUUUUUCUCGAUGUCGCUAAAAUGCCCGUUACCCGAACGUCUUAUCAAUUGAACAACGACGAAACUACCGCGCAAUAUAAAAUCUGCGUUUGUAUGCCACAAGGAAAACUGUUUCGUGUUCCGGUCGCGCCGGGUAGCAAUUUGAGAGUCAAUUGUGCGAGAAUCGCCACUUCCCCCGAGCUUGAUCCCUGUCAGUAGUGGACUGGACAUUUCCGGAUCAGCGUGAAUCGCACAUGAUCGUUUAAUGCGCGCCUUGUAUCCACCUGCGUUGGAUCAAUACACAAUUUUUCAAAUUUGAAAACAGCCCUAAAGUCAAUUCAAGCCGAUUUUUUUAGAUUCGUUGAAUCAGUUUGUUUAUUGCACUUGAACAUGAGCAAACGAAUCGUUUUUCCAGAAAUUUUUCAAUCGAAUGUACUCCAGAAUUGACUGCAUUUUGUAAAAAAAUUUGUUUAUACGAGACUUCCUCCCUUUAUUUUUUAUUUUUCCAUUCAGAAUUUUACUAUUUUUUUAAAUGGUUUAAUUCUCUACAAUUCUCAAGAAAAUGAAUUUCUGGGAAUAUUAGAGUAAGUGCAACUAAUUUGGGAUAGCAUUAUACACGUUUUUUUGUAUUCCAAAAUAGCUUCCUUUCCUCAAUCUUUUGAAUAUUAUUUACUGCAAUGUUCCUGAAAUUAUUUGCAAAAUUUGUAGAAAAAUGUUUGGCAGCAUUUCCUAUCAGAAUUGUCAAAAAAUAAAGAAUCCAGGGAACGUUUUUGGACGCUCGGAGAAUCGAGUGUCUAAGAACUUGACGAAUUUUGAAAACCCUACAAAAAUGCUCUGACGAAACUAAGUCUUCAGUAUUUCUCUUCCGAAUGGCAUAUCAAUUAAAAAUAAGUAUUUUUUAACUCGAUAAUUACCAAAAAUAGCGUUAUAGUUUGAAUGUUUAAUGUUGUUUUGGGUCAUAGUACGUCGUUUAGAGAAUUGUUAAUUAUGACAACGUUGAAUAAACGGUUGAUAGCGGAAUAAAAGUAGUCAUUAUUUAUUGAACAAGAUAACUAAAACAUUUCAUGAAUUAUACCUGCGUACAAUGCAAAUAAAAAAGUUCGAAGUAUGCGUAUGUGAUAA